GAAGAAUGUUCAUGACACGUUCGUGUUGUUUUCUUUUUCAAACUGUACGUUCGGACAAGUAGUCUUGGUGACGGGCAGCCUCCGGAGGUGAAGUCUGUAAGGUACUGAUUUAAAGCAUCAUGGAAGAGGACAAUAAACCACUACUGGACCCAGUGUGUAGAGGAAGCUACACAGACACGGGCUCCACAGAUUCACUGGACCGAGGGGCAAGGAGGCCUUUCCACGUGGAGCAUCGGAAUAUAGUGGAGAAUGACCCCUCUGAGAGGGUGUCAGCAGAGGCCUCUGUCCUCAGCAGCAGAGUGCACUACUAUAGCCGACUCACUGCCUCCUCUGACAGACUGUUGAGCCCUCCAGACCAUGUGAUCCCCUGUCAAGAGGAGCUCUACGUGUACAGUCCUCUGGGGAUGGCCUUCAAAGUGACUGGAGGGGACGGAGGGGCCAAAAACCCCAGCAUCAUCACGAUUUUUGCCAUAUGGAACACAAUGAUGGGGACAUCUAUACUCAGUAUACCAUGGGGGAUAAAGCAGGCAGGGUUCACGUUGGGCAUCAUCCUCCUGAUCUCUAUGGGUCUGCUGACCCUCUACUGCUGUCUCAGAGUGCUCAAAUCACCUAAGUCAAUACCGUACAUCGACACGUCAGACUGGGAGUUCCCUGACGUGUGUAAAUAUUACUUUGGGAAGUUUGGCCAGUGGUCCAGUCUGGUGUUUUCCAUGGUGUCACUCAUUGGUGCUAUGGUGGUCUACUGGGUCCUAAUGUCCAACUUCCUCUUCAACACGGGCAAAUUCAUCUACAACUAUGCGCAUAAUGUCAGCAUGUCAGAUACAGAGUUUGGAACCAACGGGUCAGAAAGAGUGAUCUGUCCGUUCCCCGACACGGGGGACCACAGAGGGAACUGCAGCAGCGGCAUCAGCGGCCUCUACCUGAACACCAACAACUACGGCAACGACACGUCAGACACCGCCGCGUUCGACCGCUGGUGGAGCAAGACCAACACCAUCCCAUUCUACCUCAUCAUCCUGCUGCUACCGCUGCUCAACUUCCGCUCUGCUUCCUUCUUCGCCCGCUUCACCUUCCUGGGCACCAUAUCUGUGGUCUACCUCAUCAUCCUGGUCACGCUGAAGGCUAUUCGUCUGGGCUUUCACAUGGAGUUCCACUGGUUAGAAUCCACUCAGUUCUACGUCCCAGAAUUCAGGCUGCUGUUCCCUCAGCUGACUGGUGUUCUCACCUUGGCCUUCUUCAUCCACAACUGCAUCAUCACCUUGAUGAAGAACAACAAGCACCAGGAGAAUAAUGUGCGGGACUUGUCUGUGGCCUACCUACUGGUUGGACUGACGUACCUAUACGUGGGAGUGUUGAUCUUUGCUGCGUUCCCCUCCCCUCCUCUGUCAAAAGACUGCAUUGAACCAAACUUCCUGGAUAACUUCCCCAGCAGUGACGUGCUGGUGUUUGUGGCACGGACCUGUCUGCUUUUCCAGAUGACCACUGUCUACCCCCUUCUGGGCUACCUGGUGCGUGUCCAGAUGAUGAGCCAGGUCUUCGGCAAACACUACCCCAGUUUCUUCCACGUUUUCACUCUGAACAUUUUCAUCGUUGGCGCUGGUGUCUGCAUGGCGAAGUAUUACCCCAACAUUGGCUCCAUUAUAAGGUACUCGGGGGCGACGUGUGGCCUGGCCCUGGUCUUUGUCUUCCCCUCUCUAGUCCACAUGAUCUCCCAGAAACGUAGAGGGGAGCUCAGCUGGCCCUCGGCCAUCUUCCACAGCCUCCUCAUUGUCCUGGGCGUGGCCAAUGUGGCAGGACAGUUCUUCAUGUAGUUAUGCCACUACUUGGUUGGUCUGUCCCUCAAUGAAGCUGGGUUGUGUUAAUAAGUCACCAAAUGGAAGAAAAUGGACAGAAACAGGGAGGUGGGACGACUUGGACUUGUCCAUUGUGAAAUGCUAAUUUUAGUUUUCCGAUGAGUGCCCUGAUGAUUACGACCCGGCACAAGCCGUUUGUAUACACUGUACGGUUCAGAGAGAUGCAGGAGACGGCAUCCAACUCUCAUGGUCUGGUUUGCACAGGGAGCAGUCUCUGGGGAAUUCAAGCUAAUGUCUUUGUCUUUCUACUUUAACUGCACGUUCUAUUCUUUCAGUGGGAGUUUCAUGUCCAUUUAGAUUGCUUCUUUGGAAAUUUACAUUAGUUUUGCUCCCUCCACAAACAUGCUAAUCAUUCUCACUUUAUUAAGGGCAUUGACUUUCACCUCAGAACUAUCCUCCUUCAACAUGAUGGUGCAGAAAGUGUUUGUUGUUGUUAGUUCAGUAGGACUGAGCUAGCCUUGCACAUCCUUGUUCUGAUAACUAAUCUUUUGUUAUUUCCUCCUUUUUAGAUUGAUUUAUUUUGGGGUUUCCAUUGUAAGCACUGUUCUUCUCAUCAGUGUAAAAUACACUCAUAUUUAUUAUUUUGGGGUUUAAAUGCAAUUCAUAUGUGGAACAUAGAAGCAACCCAAAUUUAAUAAGUUGAUUAUAAAUAAUGUGUGCGUAGCUUGCUUCAAAGUAGACCAGUGCAAUGGCAAGAAGUCUGUGGGAGAGUUAUCAAUAGAUAAUCAUGUGGUCUGACUUUCUGUAGCAUAAUUCCCCAGAGUGAAGCAUUUGACUGACAAAUGUAACUGAAUGAUUCCCUUAAACACUUUCCCCUCCCUCCUAUUCUCCCCCUUCUGUUUGAACACUAUACGUUCUAUAUAGUUCAUAUUAUUCUGGGGAAAUGCACAAAUCAUGUCCUGUAUUCAGUCUUAUCUUUUUGAGGGAGGAAGGGAAAUCUGGAUGGAAUUAUUUGACUUGUAAAAGCAGGGAAGCAAUCUGUGGUGACUGUUCGGCCUUUUGAAUUUUCUUGGCCCAUGUGGAUAUUGGGGGGGGGGGGGGAGUUAAUUUGUUCCCUGGUUCUUAAAGGGAAAUGCCACUCAAACUAUUUUCACGUUUGUUUCAUUAGUCCACUGUUGAUACGGUCCAAUGUUUUGCAUGUCAGCAAUCAAGUUUAAAAUACAACUUUCAAAAUAAUUUGUAUGUCUUCUUAUCGCAGACACUUUCUGUAUUUUUUUAAGUUCUAUGUCUUAAACUUGAUUGCUGACGUAAAACAUUUUGGGACCAUGUCAACAGUGAACUAAUGAAACAAAUACGAACAAAUAGUUUGAGUGGUAUUUUUCCUGAAAUGUAUUACAUUGUUAUUGUAAGGUAAAGUUGCCCUGAGAUGCUGAUCUUGGGUCAGUUUUGUAAUUUCCCCACUAGGAUUUGGAAAGCUAAUCCUAGUGUAAACCUCGUAAUGUUCAUUUGCCAUUUGACAGUCAUUUAGGAGCACCAACCGUAUACUUGAACAAAUUGACGCCAACUCUUUUGUUGGUUAUUGCUACAUGCGGUUCUUCACUCUUAAUUCUUCAGAGAAACUGCACCUUAAUGUUAUCGGAUGGAUAAAGGGAUUGUGUACGUUCACUAAAAUGUUGCUUGUCAUACAAAACCUGGCCUCAUUCUUUGGUAAGUAAGAUGAUAGCCGUUCCAGUUAUGGUGUUUUUAAUGGCAAUUCACAGGGAGUUGUGUGUGUGGUUAUCUGAAAUUACAGAAUGAAGAGAGCAAUAAGUAAUUAAAAUACUAUUCGGAUAUAGUAAUAAACAAUAUUACAAGGAAGUAACAAACUGUUAUUGGAGUCAUUUAUAACCAAAGAUGGUUAUAAAUGGACCAUUGAUUUCCAAAGGAAAACAGCAACUAAAAAGGUCCACAAUGGAGCAGACUUAUAGAAACAGGCCAAAUAGACUUCAGCAUGAGAAAUGACAACGAAGCCAGUCUUAGCAUACAAGCUAGCAAUUAUGUCUCCAUAUUAACAGAGAAGUUAGAGCUAAAUAACUAGUGGAGAAAUGUACAUAAGCACAUGGACAGAGUAUUCACCGUAAAGCACAUGAAAAUAAUACCUCACUAAAAUACUUUGUGUCCGCAGUUAAAACAAGGUAACUGUAUACAUGUGCUCUAUAGAGCUCGCCAGCUUGUAGUCCUAAAAGUGUAAGGGAGUUACUUCUGGUUUGUUUGGCCAUUCUAUCGGAAUAAACACAGAAAACCUCAGACCUUAUUUAACAUCGGUUUAGGAGAUCUUACAUGUAUUGUUCUAUGAGAAGUCAGUUAACAUGACCUUUAUGAAUUAUGAAGCCUCAAUGCUUUUUUAAAUUACAUAUGCUUAAAUUAACAACGUUACAUUAGCUGAUGAAGAUUCUCAUAGAAAAAAAGUGACCUCCUCAGCCUGUGUUUACUACAGAGUUUUAUCCAAAAACCCUACAGAAAUUAAAUUCCCCAUAGGCUUUGACCAACGAGCCAUGGUGGCAUUGGUGCCUACAAAAAUACGCCAUUUCUAUUGCUCUCUAUACAUAGUGCAUUUGGAAAGUAUUAAAACUCCUUGACUUUUUAAACAUUGUUACAUUACAGCCUUAUUCUAAAAUGAUUAAUAACUUCUCAAUUUACACAAUACCCUAGAAUGGCAAAGUGGAAAUAUGUUUAGAAAUUUUAGCAACUGUAUUAAAAAUAAACACCUUAUUUACAUAA